UGGUGGGAGAGGUGAGAGUAAAGAUCUCCAGUCGACACAGAUCUCCUCUGGAAGUGUGCAGUUGCUCUCCUCCUGUGAUCGGCCUUCUGUUAUUCAGUCAUGUUGGUGUUACUCGCUGCCAUCUUCCUCCUCCACCUCGGCUGCAUCGCUCUGCUGCUGGCCGCCACCAUCCAUAACGCGUGGUGGAUGACCAACACUGUGUCCACUGAUAUCUGGGGUCGCUGGACUCUGGAACACGGCGGACAGUGGAACUACACUGAGAUUCCUAACAUCUUUGCCAAAGAGUACCUGCAGGCGGUUCAGGCCAGCUCUGUGCUCGCGUGUAUCUUCUGCAUCCUGGGCCUGUUCGUGUUCGUGGCUCAGCUCUACACACUACCUAAAGGAAGACGCUUUCUGUUCACUGGAGUCUUCCAGCUGCUGGCCUUUCUGUGCAUCAUGAUCGCGGCCUCCAUCUACACGGAGAUCUUCCAUAAGAACGAAGCGGACGGCUGGUACGGAGCCUCCUUCGUCCUGGCCUGGAUCUCCGUCUGCCUCACCUUCCUCUCCUGCGUCACCUACUUCAUCCUGCGCAAGAAAACUGCGUGAAGAACAACACACACACACACACUCAAAGACUACAUGACAAACACACACACUCUCCAUCAGCAGAUGUUUAAACGCUCGUGUUGUUUUUAUCCUCUGGUCUCAGGCUGCGCUCGAGUGUUUCCAGCAUCUGCAGAUCAGCAUAUGAUUAUAUA